AUGGAGCCGAGUUGGGUUAUACUGGCGACUGCCCUGGUGGCGGUGUUCGCGCAGAACAACAGAAAUGAUGGCCCCAGGUUUCUAUCGCGGGGACAUUCCUUCAGGACAGUGGUCGGGGACACGCUUCUAUUGCCUUGUCAAGUACAGAACUUAGGGUCAUUAGUUCUUCUUUGGAGGAGGGGUCCAGCAGUGUUGACAGCUGCAAGCCUUAUGGUAACCAGGGAUGAAAGGUUCCGCCUGGUCGACGGUUACAAUCUCCAGAUUACAGAUGUUGGGCCACAGGAUGCGGGAGACUACGUAUGUCAGAUAUCGGAUCGAGUGGCUCGCGAUCAGGUUCACACAGUGGAAGUGCUCGUGCCUCCGAGCGUCCGAGCCUCGCCCGAGUCCAGGCACGCGGCGGCGAGGCGCGGGGGCGCGGCGGUGCUCGAGUGUCGAGCUUCGGGCAACCCUGUGCCGUCGGUGACGUGGCAUAAAUUGGUAAGGAAUCGUGGCAAUGAGUCGAAUACGCGGCUGGGCGAAGGCGCUCAACUUCAACUGUCCAGACUGGAACGUCAUCACAGCGGGAAGUACGCCUGCACGGUGGACAACGGUGUUGGACCACCAAUCGUCACGGAGUUCCAACUGCAAGUGCUCUAUCCACCAGAGAUAACAGUGGAGAGAUCGUGGGUUCACACCGGGGAAGGGUUCCGCGCUGAGUUACUGUGUACCGUCUUGGCUGACCCACCCGCUGAGGUCCUCUGGUACCAGAACUCGUUCCCUCUGUCAGCAUCAGAAAGAGUUACCAUGUCUGUCAGAGGGAACAAUCACACUCUACUUAUUGCUAAUGUACAACCGGAAGACUUCGGGAAUUUCACGUGUGUAGCUGACAAUAGCCUAGGACGAGCUCGCCAACACGUGGAGGUAUCAGGAAGGCCCGGAGCCGCUCGCUUCACCUCCCCCCCGCUCGCCAGAUCCAGGACCUCGUACACGCUGUCCUUCUCUGUAGACAGUUACCCCCCACUCGACGAACUCAGGCUACUUUACAGGCAGCUUGCGAUAAACGAAUCAUUCCAGCAGCCAGGCCGCUGGCACGACGUCGUCAUCCCAGCUCCAGAGCCAGCUGGAUCCCUCACUCACAGAGUCACUCACGAGCUCAAGGGGCUGGAACCGGGUGCUGUUUACGAAGCUAUCGUCCAGGCGAAGAAUAGAUAUGGAUGGAAUGAAGUCAGCGACAUCUUUCAGUUCCAUACAUUAGGCGGCUCACACUCAGUCCACGCAGACGAACUAUCUCCAAUGUUCUCCACGGCAAUCGCUUGCCGACUGACGAUAUCAACCACCCUCCUCGCCUUAUAUACACACCUGCUCGGAUGAUCGGGGAUUCACCGCAGCUGUUCCUAAUUU